AUGGGGUUGUUUUAUAUGUUCUCGUUGGCUCUAACAAUUGGUAUGGUGAUUUUCACGUUGAAAUAUUUUGCUGGACCUGAUGUCCCAAAGUAUGUGUUCUUCACCGUUGCUUAUACCUGGUUCUGCUCCAUCUCCAUCAUUGUCCUUGUCCCAGCCGACAUAUGGACGACGAUUCAUGGAGAUUAUAAUGGUGAGAUUUCCAUCUUGUGGAGUUUGUCAUAUUGGAGUACGUUCUUACUUACAUGGGCUGUGGUUCCCACUAUUCAGGGUUAUGAAGAUGCUGGAGACUUUACAGUGAAAGCAAGACUAAAGACAAGCAUCCAUGGAAACCUAGUUUUCUAUCUCUCUAUUGGUCUUGUCAGCCUUCUUGGACUCAUGUUACUGGUUAUUUUCCACACAGAUUGGACAGGAAAUAUUAUGGGGUUUGCGAUGGCUUGCUCUAAUACAUUUGGUCUGGUGACUGGUGCGUUUCUGCUUGGAUUUGGAUUGAGUGAAAUUCCAAGGAGCCUUUGGAUUAAUGCAGAUUGGAACACUCGCCAAAAGGUUCUUUCUCACAUAGUUGCAAAAAUGGCUGUCAAAUUAGACAAUGCUCAUCAAGACUUUUCCAAUGCCAUUGUGAUCACACAAGCAACCUCAAAGCAGAUGUCCAAGCGAGAUCCUCUGAAACCCUACAUGAAUGUCAUUGAUAACAUGCUGCUUCAGAUGUUGAAGGAAGAUCCGUCCUUCAAACCACAGGGAGGGAGAUUAGGGGAAAGUGACAUGGAUUAUGACACUGACGUGAAGUCAAUGGCAGCACUACGGCGUUACCUUAAAAGAUCUCAGGAGGAGUAUUACAGAUAUAGGAGUGAAUAUAUAAAGUUCGUCUUAGAAGCCCUGGAGCUGGAGGAUACCAUAAAAAAUUUUGGAGGUCGCAAAAAUACUGGAUGGAAAUAUGUUUCAUGCUUCAGGCCUGAACGAACUGGAAGAUUGGCUGGAGUUUUGGAUACAACUGGUACGCUUUACCUCAAAAAACUUAAAUUCAAGUUUGUGUGGAGGUGCAUAUUGAAGAAGCAACUUGAGAAAUCAUUGGCAGUGGCAUUGGGUUGCAUGUCAGUGGCAAUUCUAUUAGCAGAGGCCACCAUUCUACCCGGCGGUGUUGAUCUCUCCCUUUUCUCUCUCUUAAUCCGUGCUGUCUCAAGCAAAGAGAUGCUUGUGCAGUUAGCAGCUUUCAUCCCAUUGAUGUAUAUGUGUGUCUGUACAUAUUAUUCGUUGUUCAAAAUGGGAAUGCUCAUGUUCUACUCCCUCACUCCAAGACAAACCAGCUCCGUAAAUUUGCUUAUGAUUUGCUCGAUGGUUGCACGAUAUGCGCCUCCCAUUUCGUACAACUUUCUCAACCUUAUUCACCUUGAUGGGGGUGAAAAAACCAUUUUUGAACAGAGGAUGGGAAAUAUUGACGAUGCUGUACCUUUCUUUGGGGAUGGAUUCAACAAAAUUUACCCGCUCAUUAUGGUUGUAUACACACUUCUAAUAGCAGGCAACUUUUUUAGUCGCAUCAUUGAUUAUUUUGGAAAUUUGAAGAUUUUCAAGUUUUUUAGAGAUGAUGCAGAAGAUAUGGAUGGUUUUGACCCUUCUGGCAUAAUCAUUCUACAAAAGGUCAAGCGUUCCCUUCUGCAAAAGGGGCACAAGGUUGCGGAGCAUGUUUUCCCUCUAGCAAGGAGUUUCAGCAUUAGUAUUGAUGUUGAGUCCACCAACAACAAUACCUUGAUGCUGUUCUUCAGGAUUGUUCUCAAGGAAUCUGAAGUACUUCUAUUACCUAGUUAUAAUGGUGCUCUGUGUUCUACCCUCUUCCUCUUACAUUCUCUUACCGCCAUCGGAGUUGCCGCCGCCACCGGUGACGAUGACUCUUCUUCAGUCAAGUGCUCUCCCCUCAUAGUCGUUCUCGUCAUCAGUAUCUUCGCAA